AUGGUCGGCCACCCAAUCACCGGUAUGUGCAGCCUCCAGGCCCAGCCUAUCACUGGCCUGUGCAUCCUGCAAAAGGCGCAGCCCAUCACGGGCUUGUGCACUCUCCAGGCUCAGCCCAUCACCGGCUUGUGCACCCUCCAGGCCCAGCCUAUCACCGGCUUGUGCACUCUCCAGAAGGCCCAGCCCAUCACUGGUCUGUGUGCUAUCCAAAAGGCCCACCCCAUCACCGGCAUGUGCAGCGCCCAGUAA